AUGGUUCUCAGCCCCGGGCGGGGCUCCGCGCCGCGCCCCUCCGCCCGCACUUCCGAGGCCCGAGCCCCCCGGGCUGCGGCCCCGUGGAGCCCCAGCCUAUGCUUCCACUGCGGCACCAGCCAAGCGCCGCAGCGGCCGCCGCCGCAGGCGUCCAACCAGGCCGCGCACACGGCCCCGGUCCGCGGAGGCUUACCCGCAGGCAGGCUCCCCGCGGCAGGCGCAGCCGCUGCGUCCCAGACCCUCCGCAAUGCGCGCCGCGGCCCCGGGGCUCGGCGCGGCUCGGCGCGGCUCGGCGCGGCGGCGGCGGCGGCUCUCAGCUUCUGUCCAAGGUUCUGCAGGCGCCGCGGCCCCGCCCCCGCCCGGCCCCCGCCUGCGUCUCCGCCGCGCACCCGCCGGCCCCGCCCCGCCCCGCCCCGGCGAGCGCCCCCCAAGCUGCCUCUCCAGAUUGCGCGCGCGGUCCACAAGCCCGCUCAGUCUCGCCGCACUCGCAUCUUCAGCGCGAGCGGCGCACAAUGGCGCCUCUAG